AGCGAACAUUCAGCUUCGGCACGUGUUGCGUGCAGCGUGAUAACGGGGCGGAUUUACUUAGAAUUUUAGAAUAAUAAAUCAUCAAUAGAGAAAUCAACGUGCAACGAUCGGUUAUGGCGUGCUCGCCCUAUAUACGCUUGGCGGGAGACGCGGCAUACAGUUAAUACAGUAAUAAAAUAUAUAUAUAUAUAUAUAUAUAUAUAUAUAUAUAUACAUACUCGAGGUCUGCAGAUUUUUAGAGGAACGUUGUCGCUGCACAUUCGUGUCGUACUUUUUAACUUUAGCGCUCUUGUCAACGGACACGAUGGCAGGAUCUGAUCUUGAACCUUUAGCAUUCGAUCGCGUAUCUGCGCUCGCUCCAGCGCUUUUAAUUCUCGUUACGUGUCUCACGGUCUUCCACAGACUAAAAGUGAGAUGGCCUAUAAUGGUGAACUGCUGGUUCUGCAACGAGAACUCAAAGAUCUGGAGACAACAUUUGAAUUGGUGGUUGUGUCCUUGGUGCGAGCAGCACAACGGCUUCUCCAAGAAUGGUGAUUAUACAUACGAUAUCCCAGAACAGUAUGCAACACCGAAUAUGUCUACAAGAUAUUGCAAAUUGGUUGAACAGAACGAUUCAUGCAACAUCUCUAAAAGUCAUCUCUGUGUAAAUUGUAACAAGCAGGAAAGUCUGAAAUUAUUGGAGUUAUCUAAUUUUGAACCGAAGAAUGAGAGAAACUACAAUACCGAGUUAAAGGGAUUUAAGGAAUAUCUGGAGAAGAGAUAUCCGCUGUGCAACAAUUGUAAAUUGACAGUACAGAACGUAUUAAGUAAACAGGCAUUAUGGCUCACUCGUUACAAAAUGUUAUUCUUCCGACAAAAACCGAUUAGGAUGCUUAUCGGCAAUUUCCAGAAAAGAAAAUCGGAAGCAAUUUUCCGAAUUAUUUCGACGAUUCUGAUCCCAAUUAUCUUAUACAAUCAUGAUUCUGUAUGGUUGCCAAUUGGUGGCUUAUUCUUUCACUUGUGUGCUUGGUGGACAAAUUCAACAAAGAGGAAAAGAAUCGACGUAUUAUUGAUAUUUUUAUGGUUCUGUAUCAUUAUUUUUGUAUACAUCAAAAAUUCAACUUUUCAAAAUGUUUGGCUGACGACGGAAUGCAUCGUACAGCAUCGCAUAAUAGAAGCAUGCGCGUUUAUUAUAGGUUUUUUGAAUAUAAAACCUAUUUCGUAUAAAAAUACAUUAAUCGGUUCAGUUGCGUUGAAGAAACUCAAGCUGCGUUCGCGGGCCGUUAUUGCACCUCAAACCACUUUAGAUAAUUACAAUGAAAAUUACGUUUUUAACGGAACGAUCAACGCUAUUGAAUCAUCAGUCUAUAAAACAGGCGAAGUAUCCUCCACUGAAAUCAAAUCGCACUCAACAAUAUUGAGACAAAAGCUAUCUACAAUUACCCUUGCGGACAACAGCAACGAAAAUUAUCUAAAUUCUGCCUCUCAGAACAGGAACAGUUCGUUGCAUGGCGAUUGCUUGAAUCAUAGUCUGAGCACCCUUUUCCUAAGCGAGGACUCGUCAAGAUGCGGCAAGAAUACUGUGAAAGCUGCGCCCGCGAUUUUCGAGCGAAAAGUAUACAGUGCGACAAGCUCUGAGAAUCUGUUCAAAAAGUCUGGAUCCAACAGGAGGUACGUUUUGUCGCCGCCAAAGCUCAGGUCAAUGACACAGACUUCAUGGGUAGCCGGUGGUUACUGGCAGGAGAGCCACAUGAUGACUGCGACACCGCCGACGCUCUCACGGUCGUCCAGCCAGAGCUCCGGUUUCGGAUCGGCUGGUUCCUCCAACUUUGCUCCUUCCCGCGAGCCGUCUGUGCACGAGUUCGAUCGUUGUUCCGUCGUUUCGGAUGCUACGCGGUGGUCGUAUCACACCCCGCGUGCUAAUCAUCACUCGCUGCAGUCGUCGCGAGCCGAUGAACAGGAGAGUUAUGUUCGCGAGGCGAAUGUUGGCAGUCGAAGCGAUUUGACGCCGGCAUUUCCAGGUCAUAGCGCUACGAUCGUCGCGAAUUCCGGUUGGCUCUCCACGCUGCUCUGUGGCUCGCUAAUAUUGAAUAUGAUAGUGUUGUGCGCUACAUUAUUACGUUAACGAGUUGCCGCGCUGUGCCGGGUUGUUGUGUGUUCAUUCUGUAAUUUUUACGAUUGUUAUACAGGAUGAUUCUUAAGUAUAUUCCGAAAAUUAAAGAAAUAAUUUCUUAGAAUUACUUCUUUGAUUUUUGAAACAUUCUUGAGGACCUGUAUAUAGCUAUUAAUGUGAUCACUAAUGCUAAUUUAAUGCUCGAGUAUUCGCCGAGUCCGAUCGAUCAAUCCGAUUUGAGAGAUAUUUUCCUUCCAUUCCUCUCUCGUUUCGAUCUCUUUUUUCGCGUAUAGUUUUAUACAAUAAGAUUCCAUAAAUUUCAAUCUCUCGAGUCUGAUAAAUGACACGUAUCUUUCUACCAUACGAAUACUUUGAGGUGAAACAAUUACAUUACUGCCAAUUAGAAGAAGACAAGCGCAAUUUUCUGCGUGUCAAGUACUGUUACACUGAUGUUACACACUGCCGAUAUAUUUACUACAGAUAGACUUGCUUCAACAUAUCCGCCAGUCUUCACUCGAUCUUGCAAAUGUGUAUAAACACAUCCGCAUAUUCUCGUUAAAAUUGAAAUACGCGGGAGAUAUUUGCUCAUCUCAUUCUCCUUAAGAUAUAAUUUUUAUUCUCCCUUCUCAUUCUAAAAGAAAUAUAUCCGAAUACAUUGUUUUCAUUUGUAAUUAAUGUAUAUAUUUUAAAUACAGUACUUUAUAUAGCGCAACAUUUUUUUCUCGUAACAAAUAAAAUUGUAAAAUAUUAGUUGGGAAAAAGAUGCGAUGUGCAAAUAUUUUCUUACACGUUGUAAUUAUUACCUUAGUGAAAGAUGUACGUAUAUCGAUCUUUAAAGAUAAAUAAAUAAGGACAUUUAUUUAAGCGUUGAAGAUUUCCCGUUUUCUAUACGUACUUGUUAUUUAUCGAUGAAACCGAUCGUGCACGCACUGCCGAAAACAAAAUUUCGUAUGUAAAAAGAAAUAAAAAAAGAAAAUGUGCUCUACUGACAAGCGCAUGUGAUUCUGUCUGCUCUUAGCUGACGGACUAGAAAAACUUGUUGUAAUAAUGUUAUAUUGUAUUCCAAUUAUUGUACGUUUUGAUAUGUACGAUAUUGUACAAUUGUAUCGAGACGAGAAUAAAGCAGUCUAACUCUUUUUACU